AACAUUUUCAUUUUAUUUAUAUGAUGUCUAAAGAAAUGAAGUUAUGAUUGUAGGUGUCAGAAAUUAUUUAUGCAUUGCAUCUUUUUUUUUUUUUUUUCCUAUUUGAUAAUGAUAUUGUAAAGGACAUUUCUUUGACUAAAUGUUAUUGCUUUUUAGGAGCAUAAGUUUACAUGAGGUUUUAUAUUAUCGAUUUUGAUUGAUGGAUGUGGAAGUAAUCAAAUAGAUAUUAAGAUAUCGAUAUGAUCUUGGAUGAAUUUAACAUUAUUCUUUCAAAUAGAUAUUAAGAUAUCAUGCACAUGUAAGUAACUUGAGUAAUUACAAUGGAAAUCAGGUGAGAUUAUACUAAAAGUUAUCUAGAAAUAUAGCACUUGUAGUGUGGAUUUUAUGCAAGAAAAUUGUGAAUGGACAAAACUACCCUUGACUUUUCAACGAAGAGAUGUUUCAUAAUCCUGUAGAAUUCUAUAUUCAAAAUGAGGCAGGUGUACUGCUUAAUAUGUAACAAAACAUGCCCAAAAUUGGGAAACUACCAACAAAUUUCCAACAUGAAGAUUUUUCUUCACCAUGUGGAAUCCAGUAUGCUGCUAGGUUGCUGCUUAAUAUGCCCUUAGACUUCUCCCGAAUGGAUGAAAUUGCCCUUACACUUGCCUUGAAUGAAUGAAACUUCCUUUUGGAAUGAGAAUCUUUGAGCAGAAAGGUGGUAUUUUUGUAGUAGAAUUAUGCAUGUAUUCAAUGAAUUACAAAUUGGAAAUACCAAAAGGUCAAAUAGUGACAUCAAGAAACCAUGAAAACAGAAAAACCCUUGAGUUUGAAAUUUGAUGAAGACAUAAAUAACAUGGUCCAACCGUUGUGUGAAAUUGUUAGUUAUACACGUGUUCGCAUCCAAGAUUGACUAUUUUACUUAUUUAUACUUUUUUAUAAAAAUUCCAUGUAUCACCUUCUUAUCAUACAAUACGAAUACCGUUUUCUACUAUGAGUCUACACCAUCAAUGUGUAUAUAAAGACAUCAAAACAUGCAAAAUUACACCACUCAUCUCACCAUCCACACAUUAAACAAAGUGUCAUAAAGAUCAAGAAAUCUUGAUAGCACCAUGUCUAUCUUUUCAUCUUGCAAGUUUGUGCCUCAUGCAAUCUUGUUGCAACCUAAAGCCAGUUUGAAAACACCAAAUCAGAGUCUAGCAACUGUUCAUUGUACUAAAGUUGUUCGAAAUGUGAACUUGGAGAAGUUGCGCCACAACUAUUUGUUUCCUGAGAUAGAAGCAAGGGCACUUGAACAUAUGAAGAAGUAUCCUGAUGCUAACAUCAUAAGGCUUGGAAUUGGUGAUACCACUGAGCCCAUUCCUGAUAUUAUAACUUCAAACAUGGCUGAGUACGCAAAGGCUCUUUCAACACGCAAAGGAUACAAAGGUUAUGGUGCUGAACAAGGGCACAAGGCUUUAAGGAAGGCAAUUGCAGAGUCCUUUUACAAAGAUUUAGGUGUAAAAGAUACAGAAGUUUUUGUCUCAGAUGGGUCACAGUGUGACAUAUCUCGCCUUCAGCUGCUUCUGGGAUCAAGUGUUUCAGUUGCUGUACAGGAUCCAAAUUUCCCGGCAUACAUGGAUUCAAGUGUUAUAAUAGGUCAAGCAGGAGAGUUUUUAGAUGAAACACUAAAAUACAAAAACAUUGAGUACAUGACUUGUGGGCCCCACAAUAACUUCUUCCCUGACCUUUCAACCACAUCAAGAACAGAUAUUAUCUUUUUCUGCUCUCCAAAUAAUCCAACUGGUCAUGCAGCCUCUCAUGAACAGUUAACACAGCUUGUGGAAUUUGCUAGAAAGAAUGGAUCGAUUAUUGUUUAUGAUUCUGCAUAUUCUGUUUAUAUAACUGAUGGAAGCCCUAAAUCCAUCUAUGAAAUCCCUGGAUCAAGAGAGUGUGCUAUUGAAAUCUCAUCUUUCUCAAAGAUUGCUGGAUUCACAGGUGUACGCCUUGGUUGGACAGUUGUUCCUGAUGAGCUGUAUUAUGCAAAUAAAGUUCCUGUGAUACAUGACUUUGAUCGAAUUGUUUGCACUUGCUUUAAUGGUGCUUCAAGCAUUGCUCAAGCUGGUGGACUCGCAUGUCUUUCUCCUGAGGGCUUUAAGGCAGUGAUGUCAGUGGUGGAUUACUACAAGGAAAAUGCAAAAAUAUUGGUGGAGACAUUUACAUCAUUAGGGCUAGUGGUAUAUGGUGGUGUAAAUGCACCAUAUGUAUGGGUGCAUUUCCCUGGAUCAAGAUCAUGGGACAUGUUCUCUGAGAUUCUCAACAAAACACAUAUAAUUACGGUUCCGGGCAGCGGGUUUGGGCCCGGGGGUGAAGGAUAUAUAAGGGUUACUGCAUUCGGGCAGAGAGAGAACAUAUUGGAAGCCUCGGUCAGGCUUAGAAACGUUUACUUGUAAUGAACACGUUACAUUUUGAUUUUGGUGGAAGAAGACCUUAAUUUGACUGAUUUUGAUCGGAUAUAAAGUGUACUAAAUUAUCGUUGUUUGUGUAAUAAAAUGAACGUUGAUGAGAUCGGUUGGUUGUACUUGUAUGAAUAUAUGUAUUGGUUCUUACAUGUUUAUAUAUUAUCGUUGUCGUUCGUGUUAAGUGAAAGAUAUUGCAACG